GCCAUUGUGUUUCCUUCGCCCUCUCCGUUUCUCUCUCUCUUUCUCCGAGAUCAAUAAUUGCAAUCCUCCAUUUCGUUCGCCGGCCUCGCCUCUCGCGAUCCCGAUCGCAGUACGAUUGACGACGUCAUCGACUAGGGAAGGUGGGCCGCCUAAAGAGGAGUUAGGUGCCCCUGAUGGAGGCGGCGCGAUCGGCGUCAGCGGAGGACAUGGCGAUGGCGGACGCGCCGGCGGAAUCGGAGGAGAGGAAGGUGGAAAGCGAAGAGGACGAGGAGGCGCUGGUCGCCAGGGCGCAGAAGCUGAUGGAUAAGCUCCUCGACACUCUUGAGAAUCCUAACCCUAAGCUACUCCAUGCCCUCGCUUCGAUGCUGGAGGCUCAAGAAUCGAGAUACCUCGAGGAAUCUACGACUUCAUCCUUGAGCAAUGGCCGCUCUUCUCACACUAUUGCGAGGUUGGCUAACUUAGUGCAGGACAAUGAAGAUUUUUAUGAUGCCAUAUCAUCCAAAUUUUUAUCAGAAAACAGAUACUCUGUUGCUGUUCGUGCAGCUGCUGCAAGGCUGAUUCUUAGUUUAUCUUCAAGUUGGAUCUACCCACAUGUUUUUGAUGAUGUUGUCUUGGAUAACAUUAAAACCUGGUUGACGGAUGACAAUUUGGUCUCAAGUGACGGAUGUAGACAAAAGGGUGGAUUUGGAGAUGAUACACCAACAGAAUCAGAAUGGUUGACAACUUAUGCUACAGGACUUCUCGCUAUAGCAUUGGUCAGUGGUGGUCCAAUUGUUGAAGACAUCUUAACAUCAGGUUUGUCAGCAAAGUUCAUGCGCUAUUUACGUACACAGGUACUUGGAGAUGCCUAUCCUGGUCAAAAAAAUGUCCCAUAUCCAGCUGAAUCUACUAGGCAUGGUUCAGUUUCUACCCAUGUUAGAGGUCGAGAAGAAAAUAGACUCAGAUCACGGGAAUGUUCAGAUCCUUGUUUGGAAGUACCAAGAGUUUCAGAUCAAGGGAUGUCAGAUGAUUUAUAUGUUAAUCAGGAUUGUGAAAGAGGAACCAGGCAAGUGGAUUCAGGCAAAUACUGGAGUGGAGAUUCACUGAAUUCUGAGCUAACUGAUUCAUCAACAAUGGUUGGUGGUGCAUAUGAGGUGGCUGAGGGAAAUGAUGAUCUCACCGAAUGGCAGGAUAAGAACUUGCUUGAUGGGAGGUCAAAAUAUGCUGAAAGGCUUAUUGCUGCAAGAUCAGUUAGAGAUGAUGAUCCUGAAAGUAUGAGGGAUGACUUGUCCAAGCGAAGGAUCAUCAAGGGUCUACAAAGGAGUAGAACAAAAACAAAGGUUACUGAAGGUAAUUCAGAUACUGACAGGAUAUUGGCAUCACCUGAUUCUGGACUACGAGUUGGUGGGAGUGGUAGAAUUGGCAGGGACAGAAAUUUCCUAAUCCAUGAAGAGGCCAAAAAAUCUGUUGAUCUUAAGAACAUGCCAAGUAGGCUUGACUGCGAAGGUUUGGUUUCUGGAGAGGAGGAAGAUGACCGUUUGAUGGACUGUAAUAUUGGCUCAAAAGAUAUAUCUGAAAUAGUAAAGAAAGCAAUUGGAGCUGCUGAAGCUGAAGCAAGAGCUGCUAAUGCUCCUCCAGAAGCAAUAAAAGCAGCAGGAGAUGCUGCAGCUGAACUUGUGAAGACUGCUGCAGUAGAGUCAUGGGAAAAUACAAACGAUGAAGAAGCUGCCAUUUCAGCUGCUACUGCAGCUGCAUCUACUGUGGUUGAUGCUUCUAUUGCUACAGAGGUCUCAAGGAGUGAAUGCCAAAUUGAUGAUAAUUUAAUGGCAUCCAAGGCUACAGAAGUGGAAGAGGAUGAACAGCCCUUAGAUAUAAUCAUCUUGGAUAAAGUGAUUCUGGCAAGGCUUAGACAAAAAUAUUGCAUUCAGUGCCUUGAAACUCUGGGAGAAUAUGUUGAAGCUUUUGGUCCUAUUCUACAUGAAAAGGGUGUUGAUGUCUGCCUUGCCUUGUUGCAAAAGAGCUUCGAAGAAAAACCGAGUCGUUUAGCUUUACUGCCAGAAGUGCUCAAACUUAUAUGUGCCUUAGCCGCCCAUCGCAAAUUUGCUGCAUUAUUUGUUGAUCGUGGUGGAAUGCAAAAACUUCUUUCUGUCCCUAGAGUUUUGCAGACUUACUUUGGUCUUUCAUCAUGCUUAUUUACCAUUGGUUCUCUCCAGGGUAUUAUGGAACGUGUCUGUGCGCUUCCAUCUGAUGUGGUGGGUAAGGUGGUUGAGUUAGCUCUUCAGCUUCUGUUAUGUCCCCAAGACCAAGCUAGAAAAAAUGCAGCUAUCUUUUUUGCUGCUGCUUUUGUGUUCAGAGCAGUUCUGGAUGCCUUUGGCGCACAGGAUGGCUUGCAGAAAAUGUUAAAUCUCUUGCACAGUGCUGCCACAGUUCGAAUGGGUGGGAAUUCUAGCACGCCAGUGAUAUCUGACACAGUUCUCAGAAAUGAUCGAGCAGAAGUACUUAGUGCAUUGGAAAAGCAGAUUGCUUAUCAUACCUGUGUUGCAUUACGGCAAUAUUUUAGAGCCCAUCUUCUCUUGCUUGUAGAUUCUCUUCGUCCAAAUAAAAGUAAUAAAACUAUGGCACGAAAUGCUCCGAGUGCAAGAGCUGCAUAUAAACCACUUGACAUCAGCAAUGAGUCUAUGGAUGCAGUGUUUCUUCAGAUACAACGUGAUAGGAAGCUAGGACAUGCUUUUGUAAAAGUUCGUUGGCCUCCGGUUGAUAAAUUUUUGGCAAAUAAUGGUCAUAUAACCAUGUUGGAGUUGUGUCAGGCGCCACCUGUUGAGCGCUAUCUGCAUGAUUUGGCCCAGUAUGCAUUAGGUGUUCUUCAUAUUGUCACUUUCAUACCCUAUAGCCGGAAAUCAAUUAUUUCUGCUACUUUGAGCAACAACCGUUUUGGUAUGGCAGUUAUUUUAGACUCAGCUAAUGGUGCCGGUUAUGUUAAUCCUGAGGUAAUCCAUCCAGCAUUGAAUGUCUUGGUAAAUCUGGUAUGCCCACCUCCUUCAUUCAGCAACAAAUUCUCUGCAUCUGCACAAGUUCAGCAAUCUGCUUCAGUUCAAGUAGAACGUGUUCAAUUGCCCAUCCAGAAUGAGUCCAGGGAACGAAAUGGUGAAUCCAAUUUGGUGGAGAGAAGUAAUACAACAGUUUCUGGUGGUGGCUCAGUUGUUCCUGCUUCACCAUCUGGAAUGGUUGGAGAUCGCAGAAUAUCUUUAGGAUCUGGGUUUGGAUGUGCUGGCCUUGCAUCCCAGUUGGAACAAUGCUAUCAUCAGGCAAGAGAAGCUGUUCGUGCAAAUAAUGGUAUAAAAGUUCUUUUGCAUCUUCUGCAACCACGAAUGAUUACACCACCUGCAGCUCUAGACUGCAUUCGAGCUUUAGCAUGCCGAAUCUUGCUUGGUCUAGCCAGAGAUGAUGCAAUUGCACAUAUACUAACAAAACUUCAGGUGGGAAAGAAACUAUCAGAACUAAUUCGAGAUUUAGGUGGCCAGGCAGGUGGAAUAGAACAAGGUCGAUGGCAGUCUGAACUAACCCAAGUUGCUGUAGAAUUGAUAGCAAUUGUUACUCAUUCUGGCAGGGCAAGCACCAUAGCAGCUACUGAUGCUGCAGCUCCUACAUUGAGACGAAUUGAAAGAGCAGCAAUUGCAGCAGCAACUCCUAUAACAUACCAUCGAAGGGAACUGUUGCUGUUAAUCCAUGAACAUCUCCAGAGAUCUGGCUUGACAGCUACAGCUAAUUUGCUACAAAAAGAAGCUGACUUGGCAUCUUUUCCAGGAUUAGGAAUAUUGGCUCCUCCCCUGCACCAGAUUUCUUUGCAAGAAGCUCCAUCUGUGCUACUCCAGUGGCCAUCAGGACAUGCUUCAUGUGGUUUUCAUUCAGAAAUGAAGAUGACUGAGAGAAAUGAAGGCACUGGUCUAAAGCCCAAUGCACCUCUGAUUGCUGCAAAGAAGAGACAACUUGCCUUUCCAGCAAACUUUUCCCAAGGGAAAAAUAACAUUCUGCUGCGUUCUCCCUUGAACAAGUCAUCAUCUGUUUUAAAUGUUCAUGCAGCUUCUGAGGGAACAGAAACACCUUCUCCACCUGCCUUCAAAUCCACAGUAGAUGUUGAGAUCCCAAAUAGAACACCAAUUUUAUUGCCACUGAAAAGGAAGUUUAGUGAUUUGAAGGAUCCGUCUUCACCACCAGCAAAGCACCUUAGAAUUGCAGGCCAAGGUUCCCAGAAUGAAAUCAAUCAAAUCCCAACUUCUGCUCAGAGGAACCUCCAGCCUUUAGAUCACACUAUUGUAUCUUCUCAUGCCUAUUCUAAUCUGCAUGAUCGUCUCAGCAAGUUAGCAAGUGGAAGCUGCCAUAGUGAUAACUUGGACGACAUCCGCUACCAUAAUAGCUGUGGGGUAUCUACAACACCUGUAGCCUCGCUAGCUCUCCCAACAGAACAACAACCAGGGAAUGUUGAGAGGACGACUCUUGAUUCACUAAUAGUGCAAUAUCUAAAGCACCAACACCGUCAGUGCCCGGCACCUAUCACUACAUUGCCACCACUUUCUCUUUUGCAACCACAUGUGUGCCCCGAACCCAGCCGUAGCCUAAAUGCACCGACAAAUAUCACUGCAAGGGUAAGCUCACGGGAGUUUAAGAAACAGUAUGGAAGUAUCCAUGCUCAGCGCAGAGAUCGUCAAUUUGUAUAUAGCCGAUUCAGACCAUUUCGUACUUGCCGAGAUGGCGCUACUUUAUUAACAUCCAUUACUUAUCUUGGUGAUUCCUACCAUAUUGCAAGUGGGAGUGAUUCUGGUGAUUUAAAGAUAUUUGAUACAAUCACUGGAAAUGUUUUGGAGAGUCAAACUUGUCAUCGGACUCCUGUUAUGCUUGUUAAGUCAGCUUUCUGUGGAGGAAAUCAGUUGAUUCUUUCAUCAGGUUUGCAUGAGGUUAAGUUAUGGGAUGCUUCUUCCAUUUCAGCAGGGCCUUUGCAUUCAUUUGAAGGGUGUAAGGCUGCAUGUUUUAGCCAUUCAGGAACCAACUUUGCAGCACUUUCAUCAGACUCUCUUCACCGGGAGGUUCUUCUUUAUGACGUUCAAACAUACAGUGUGGAGCUCAGGCUUAAUGAAAGCUCCAAUAACUAUUCAGGAAUUGUUCGAGGACAUGCACAAUCCCUGGUGCACUUUAGUCCAUUAGACACAUUGUUACUAUGGAAUGGAGUCUUGUGGGAUAGGAGGAGUUCCAGUUCUAUCAAGCGAUUUGAACAGUUCACAGAUUAUGGUGGUGGUGGGUUUCAUCCCGCUGGCAAUGAGAUUAUUAUAAAUUCUGAGGUGUGGGAUCUUCGGAAAUUCAAGCUUUUGAGAACAGUGCCCUCUCUGGACCAGACGGUAAUUACAUUCAAUGGUGGUGGAGAUGUCAUAUAUGCAACUCUUAGGCGCAACCUUGAAGAUGUUACAUCAGCUAUUAAUACUCGUCGUGUCCGACACCCACUGUUUCCAGCCUUCCGCACCAUUGACGCAAUGAACUAUACUGACAUUGCAACUGUCCAAGUUGACCGUUGCAUACUCGACUUUGCCACUGACAACACUGACACCUUUGUUGGGGUUGUCGCAAUGGAUGAUCAUGAUGAGGUGGUCUCCUCUGCAAGGCUCUUUGAAAUUGGGAGGAGGAAACCAACUGAUGAUGAUUCUGAUCCUGAUGAUGGAGGUGAAACUGAUGAUGAGGAUGAAGAAAAUGAUGAAUCUGAUGCAGACGUGGACGCUAUAUUAGAAGCCGAGUUCGAUGCAGGUGAAGAUAGUGACUCAGAAGGCACGAGCAACGAUGAGGAAGAUGAGGAUGUUGACAGUGCAGAUGAACUAGAUGAAGAUGCAGAUUUCAAUCUUGAGAAUGAAGAGGAACAGGGGCUGUUGGAGUUGAUUGCCGAGGGCGACGAGGAUGGCGAUGAAGAUUAUGGUGAGGCAGGUGGAUCUUUAAGCAGUGGAGAUGAAGGAGAUUUUGCUUUCUAGAUCCAUAUGGGCCAUUGAACAAUAGUGGUUUCAUCAAUGUAAUUACCACAAUAUUUCUGGAAGUAGAAUCUAUGAGGAACUCAUAAUUGUAAGUAAAAUAGAUUAGUGGGAGAGUGAGUUCAAUGGGGAACGAACAUCUUGACUCCUUGGUAAGGAAAAAAAAAAACUUUAUUCAA